CGUGCACAGCAGCUAUCAAUUUUUACUUUUACUGCUUACAUCUUUACGCGGGAUUUCUCUCUCUACACCACACUCUACUUGGGUUAGAGAAGAGAGAGAGAGAGAGAGAGGGAGAUGUCGCAUAACGGGAAAUUGAUGCCCAAUCUGGAUGAGAAGACGACCAAGGUGCUUAAUCUCACAGUACUCCAGCGAGUAGAUCCUUCCGUGGAGGAAAUUCUCAUCACCGCCGGUCACGUUACCUUUUACGAAUUCAACAUCGACAACAGCCAAUGGAGCCGGAAAGAUGUAGAAGGUUCCCUUUUUGUAGUGAAAAGGAAUACUCAGCCACGGUUCCAAUUUAUAGUAAUGAAUCGUCGGAACACCGAUAAUCUGGUGGAGAAUCUAUUGGGAGAUUUUGAGUAUGAAGUGCAGGUUCCAUAUCUAUUAUAUCGAAAUGCUUCCCAAGAGGUAAAUGGAAUAUGGUUCUAUAAUGCACGAGAAUGUGAAGAAGUUGCAAACUUAUUUAGCAGGAUACUUAAUGCAUAUUCCAAGGUGCCUACAAAAUCAAAAGUGUCUUCUACGAAAAGUGAGUUUGAAGAGCUGGAGGCAGUUCCUACAUCGGCAGUAAUAGACGGUCCUCUGGAGCCACCAUCUUCUACCACAUCCAAUAUCACAUAUGUCCCUAACGACCCUUCUUUCCUGAACUUCUUCAGUGCCUCAAUGAAUAUCAGAGGCUCGCCAAAUUUGUCAGUCCUUGGGCAGCCAUACACUAAUGCUAUUCCCUUGUCCUCUUUACCGACUUCCCAAACACACCCUAACAUACCUUCCCCAACCCCUCCCAUGUCCAUUCUCGACUGCACCGAACCUAAAACGACCACCAAGCACCAGACCAAUCUUGUGAAGCCUUCGACUUUCUUUGGCCCGCCAGCUGUCAUACCUCCCGCCUCGUCAUCUGUUCCACAGUUGAAUCCUGCGAGUCUGCAGAGACCUUACGGUGCACCCUUGCUGCAGCCAUUCCCGCCACCGACCCCGCCGCCAUCUCUCACCCCAGCUUCUGUGCCACCGCAGGUUAGCAGAGAGAAAAUCCGGGAAGCCCUUCAUGAACUCGUUCAGGUUCCUCUACAAAAGGAGAACUGUAUUUCUCUAGAGAUUUGCUGA